CCGGGGCCGGCUCAGCGCAGCCGCCGGCUCCGCCCCGGGGGCCACAUCGGCGGAGGGGGGAGCGCUCGGCCGGGCCAGCUCAGCCGUGCCCAGCGGAGCAGGUCCUAUAAGUGAAAGAAGAUGGGGUCUGGCUGCAUAAAAGUCACCAAGUACUUCCUCUUCCUUUUUAAUCUUCUGUUCCUUAUCCUGGGUGCUGUGAUCCUGGGAUUUGGAAUAUGGAUUCUGGUCGAUAAAACGAGUUUCAUUGCAGUUCUACAGAUGUCAUCUCCCUCCCUGAAGACUGGUGCAUACAUCCUCAUCGGUGUUGGGGCUCUUACCAUGCUGAUGGGGUUCCUGGGCUGUCUUGGAGCCGUCAAUGAAAUCCGAUGUCUCUUGGGUCUGUACUUCACCUGCCUGAUGAUAAUCCUCUUAGCUCAGAUUGCUGCUGCACUGGUCAUCUACUUCCAGAAAGAAAAGUUGAAAGUUGAGUUGUCCGACAUAGUUGUAGAUCUGAUUGAGAAUUACGAUCCUUCGGAUGAAGAGAAGAGGAACUUGCAGGAUGCGUGGGACUAUGUGCAGACACAGAUUGCCUGCUGUGGCUGGACUGGAGCGAAGCAAUGGGAAAAUAAUGAGAUUCUUAGAAACAAGAGCAAUACUGAGUAUCCAUGCUCCUGCUCCAAUAGAUCUAAGGACUUAGUGGAAGGAAGAGGUUUCUGUAAUCUGGAAGACCCUCUCAAUGGCACUGCAACAUCUGCUGACUGGCCUGUUCAUGAGCAGGGAUGCAUGGAUGGUGUAGAGGAGUGGCUGAAGGAUAACCUUGGUAUCAUUCUUGGGGUUUGCACUGGUGUUGCUGUUAUAGAGCUGCUGGGGAUGAUACUGUCCAUUUCGCUUUGCAAGAACAUACACAGUGAAGACUACACCAAAGUGCCCAAGUCUUGAGUGGCUGACUCCAGAGCUACGGCACCACAGAGAAAGGAGCAAACAGAACAUUCCUGCCUCAUACCCAGACUGUCCAACCAUUGACCAUUCCUGUGACAUCCCAUUUCUGAUACCACUCUGCUAAGAACUGUUAGAGCUGCAACACAGCCUGAUCUGGCAAUAGGGCCUUUGGGCCACCUGCAUCCUGCCUCUGGAUUAUUUCUACUUCAAGAAGCAGAACUUAAGCUGUCUCAUGCCACAUGAGACAGUGAUUAACCUGAGGGGACAAUGCUUUUGCUGCCUGCUCCAUGUUAAACAAUACUAUUCGUAUUUUCAUUCUACAACCCACUGGACCUAAGAUACAAUAGCUUUUCUCUCCCUUGCUCUUCUGCACAUCUUUUCACCUCCCUUCUGAAGUCCCAUGAGCCAGGAAUUCUGUUGAGAUUCCAGUGCUUUGGUAGCUUCACUUGCUUCACUGACUUGUGGUGGUAACUAGUCAUGCUCUAAUAGGCCUUCUCAUCCCUUGCAGUUAACCUGAUUCAGCUCCUACUAUACAUCUUCCAGCCUAGGUUCUCAUCUGAAGCACAGAGUGCUGCUGUCACACCUGCUUCUCCUGUUUCUGGAGUCAGCUAUGCCUUGCCUUCAGUGGAGCUCUUCCCUUUGAGCGUGAUGAGAAGCCAAGGAGGGAGCCAAGCCUACUUAUUUAUUCCUAGUGUGACCUGGCAGGUUGUGGUGGUGGUGCUCAGCUGCUUCUGGAAUGGAUCCCUUGGGUUUUGGAUUUGACAGUUACAUGUUUCUCCCAUUUGCCUCUUUAUCUUUUCCUCUCCCCCUAACUCUGCUUUGCUGGCUCCUGUCAGCUUGGAGGUUACUUCAGAGACUGCUGCAUACUGUGGACUCAGCCCCAGGCUGGCUCUGCUGUUUGCAUUCUUGGGUUGCCAACUUUAUAGAGAUUACAAUUAAUUUGUUUCUUCCCCUGCUCCUUCAUGAACAUAAAAUUUAUUAGCUGUGGAUUUAGAUAUGAACAUGGAAGGAUCUGAAUGGAUUGCUGAUGCUGUGAAUUGGGAGUAUCACUGGUAUCAGUGCCCAGUAUAGGUUCUGUAGCUGGGAUACAAAGAUAAGUUGCUUUUAUUUCAGUUGUCCAUUCAUCUGACUCCACUGUGGUCUGGAGCCAUGGCUGCAUCCUGAGUCCUGCCUCAAGUGCUGGCACUGCAGCAGAUAAGUAGCAGGUUGUGCAGGCUGCAGGUUUAUGUGCUAAUGGCUGGGCUGUUUGUUCUAUUGAGCCAGUGGUCAGCAGCAAGGAGUGGUGUAGACCAGAUGAAGGUAGAAAAUGCAGAAGAAGCAUUGUCCCAACAGCUUACAUAAGAAAGGGUGCAAAUCCUCACUUUUAGAGGUGUCUUGGGCACAGCAGAUUUCCUGCUGUUACACAUGGUGCAAUGACCAGGACACCAGGAAGCUGGAUGCAAGAUAAGUGGAUGGUCCUUGCCAGGGACCUGUUACAAGGUACUUGGUGAUUGAGCCUUUGCCUUACAGAGGUGGUUCCAGGACUGUCUCCUGUAAUAACCCUACUUGGUAAAACCUACUUGGCAUUCCUUCUGGGAAGAAAGGCUGGUGCAGGGGAUCAGCGCCCCAACAGUGGGUCCCUGCUCUCUGUCCUCAUCUUUGGACAGAGCAAUGACUGGGGAGAAUGACUGGGCAACUGUUUUUUAUGGAGGUCUGAUAAGGCUUUGCAAUUUUGAGGUAUCUGCCCCUUCCUGCACAGAUCCUUCAAGCUGACCUUUUCUAUAGCAGAAGGCACUCUUAGCAGUAAAGCUUGCUAGCUUUUGUAACACAAAGUCUAUUCUCUAAUGUGUUCUUAUUUGUAAGAUUCUUGUUCAGUUACAGAUGCCAAUGCUGAGCAGCAAGUAAAAAGGAGCCCAUUCUGGAUUUCCUUUUUUGUUUUUGUCUGUUUUUAGCAACAUCUUCCUACUGGAAGAAAUGCAUGUACAGAUAUAAAAGUCUAGACAAUGAAUAUUUCUGUAAUAAAGACUUUGCUAAAAAAUA